AUGGACAUCGGAGAGGGCGGCGCGUGGCCCGUCGUGGCGGCUGACUAUAUCGACCGUGCCCUCACAUUCUGGCAUGAACACCGCAUCUUCCUCGCAGGGUGUCUUGUGGCAACGAUCAUUACCCUCGGUGUGCUCCGCAGGCAGCGGGUUCCAAAGCAUGUUCGGCAGGACUCGCCCUCGGCCGCGGAAAAAGCGUCGUGGUUAUCUGAAGAGAAGUGGUCUGCGGAAGCCUCGAGAGGUACAUUAGUGGCAGGAACAUCGCGAGCAGCGACGAAGCCGACAGCCGCGCGGAUCGUGGCUGGACGAAAACCAAUACCAAGAGCCGGAUCAGAGACGCAAAAUGAGGAGUCGGCCCUGCAGCCACUGGUUUUCUUCUGCUCUCUUACGGGCACGGCCGAGCGUCUGUCCAAAGAAGUCGCUGCGAGCAUUGAGAUGUUGAGCCAGUCUAAUGAUUCUGUGCGCAAGCCUGUGGUUCUUGACCUAGCCUACGUUGACCUGGAUGAUUACUUCAUUUCCGGACCUAAGAAUGCUUCCGCAGAGAAGGCACUAAAAUACUUCUACAUUCUCCUCAUCCCGUCCUACGACAUCGAUACCAUCAUCACGAACUUUCUCGCGCAUCUAGACGAGACGCACAAUGACUUCCGCAUCGACACCUCUCCACUCUCGCCCCUCGCAGGUUACUCCGUCUUUGGCAUCGGCGAUAAAGAAGGAUGGCCCAGCGAAGAAGAGGGGUUCUGCUCUCACGCCAUCGACACUGACCGCUGGCUUGCCAAAUUGACCGGCCGCAAGCGAGCGUACCCGCUUGGCCUGGGCGACGUCAAGAGCAAUCUCGAUCAGUGCCUUGGCGAUUGGUGCUCAGGUCUCUCGAGUGCUCUGACAGAUCUCACCUCUACCGGGUACCUCGGCGAGGGCGUGCCCGGUAGUGGCGAUCCAGAAGAGUCCGAUGUUGAAGACGCUGCUGAGUUUCCAGACAACAACCGCCGCAAACGCCAAAAGACGUCUCGAAAGGCAACCACUACCGACCUCGAAGAUGUGGGCGGGAGAUCGAAUUCCAACAGCGCUUCUGGCACAUCCACCCCUCUCACCAUAGACUUCACCACCUACUCUUCAGCCAACGGUCCGACCACACAAUCGCAAGCCCUGAAGGCAAUGGUCCCCAAAGAAUCCCCAACGUACGCUGCCCUCACUAAACAAGGCUACACCAUCGUCGGCACGCACAGCGGCGUCAAGAUCUGCCGGUGGACGAAGUCUGCGCUCCGCGGUCGUGGCAGCUGCUACAAGAACUCGUUUUACGGCAUCGCCUCACAUCUCUGCAUGGAGACGACACCCUCUCUCUCCUGCUCCAACAAGUGCGUCUUCUGCUGGCGGCACGGCACCAACCCCGUCGCCACCACCUGGCGCUGGGAAGUCGACGACCCCCACGCCAUCUUCACCGGCGCCCUCGAAGGCCACUACAAGAAAAUAAAAAUGAUGCGCGGCGUGCCCGGCGUCCGCGCCGAACGCUUCGCCGAAGCAAUGCGCGUGCGUCACUGCGCCCUCAGCCUGGUCGGCGAACCCAUCUUCUACCCGCGAAUCAACGAGUUCGUGGACCUGCUGCAUGGCGACCGCAUCAGCAGCUUCCUCGUCUGCAACGCACAGCAUCCGGCGCAACUACGUGCUCUCAAGCGCGUCACGCAGCUCUACGUCAGCAUCGACGCCUCCAACCGCGAGAGUCUGCGCCGCAUCGACCGGCCCCUGCACCGCGACUUCUGGGAGCGGUUCGUCGCCUGCCUGGAUAUCCUGCGCGAGAGGCGCUUCGAGCAGCGCACCGUCUUCCGCCUCACGCUCGUCAAGGGCUUCAACGUUGAGGAGGAGGUUGAAGGGUAUGCGGACCUCGUGGCCAGGGGCUUGCCCUGCUUCGUCGAGAUAAAGGGCGUCACGUACUGCGGCACCAGUAGCGCGGCAGGCGCUGGGUUGACCAUGCAGAACGUGCCCUUCUACGAGGAGGUCGUGGCGUUUGCGGAGGCGUUGGAUCGUGCCUUGCUGAAGAGGGGGCUGGCAUACGGCAUUGCGGCUGAGCAUGCGCACAGCUGUUGUAUUCUGUUGGCGAGCCGUCGCUUCGAGGUGAAUGGGCGGUGGAACACGGUCAUCGACUAUGAUAGGUUCUUUAAGUUGUUGGAGGCUGGAGAAGAUUUCAAGCCGGAGGACUACUGUAGCGAGACGGCCGAGUGGGCACUCUGGGGCAAUGGAGGCUUUGAUCCCAGGGACGAGCGGGUGGAUCGGAAGGGCAGACCCAAGGAAGUCAAGGCUAAGGAGGUGCUGGGUGAGGAGAGUGUCAAGCCCAAGAAGCAGCCACAGGCUAGCAUCGACUUCUGA